GGUACAACUUGGUCAAGUAAAUAACUAUGUUGAGUCCAAAAUAAUAUGAAAAUAUAUUUAAGAAGUAUUUGAUUUUAAUGCUAUGUGAGUGAGUUGUUAGGAAAAUCCACAUGAUUUAAAACCCACCUCCUCCUUUUCUCCUAGGGUUCAAAGUAGCAAAUCCAAAACAAUUUUUGAUUAAACGCAUCUUCUUCCUUCUCCAACCCCAAUCAAACGCACGCGGUUACAACCUGGUGGGUGGUACCUCCUCACUCCUCUUGUUCUUUUUCCAAUUCCAAUUCCAAUUCCAGAUCCAUACCACCAUCAUCAUCAAGUAAGAAUUCCAUUCCUCCAUUUCAUCACUUGCAAUUGGUAGGAUCUAAUUAUUAGAAUAGAAUCAUCCAUGGAGCUGAUUAGAUUAGAUUGAAUCUUGAUUGAUCUAUGGCUUCCAUUCGAAGAACACUAUCUCCAUAUCACGAUCGUUCCCAUCAAAAUGGUGCUACCACCACUCCCUUUUCACUCAAUUCACCUUCACACAAGCACAAUUCCACCACUAGAUUCGCCUCUCCUCUCUCCACAUUCGGCCUCCCCCGAAAGGGCUAUAGAACAUGGAGGAGAUCACUUUACACUUGUGUCUUCUUCUUCUUGCUAGGCUUUUUCUUAGGUUUCGCACCCUUCGGGGAGUUUCAAGAAGAAGACGCCGUUAGGAGUCGUGAUUUCUCCUUCGAGGUCGUCAACCGCCCACCCGCCUUAGAUGUUAAACAGGAGGACAUUGUCGUUGAUAAGGUGGAACUAGCUAAUCUCAAGGAGAAAGAGAGGUUUGAUUAUCAGGUUGCUAGAAAACAGCUUAUCGUUGUCACCCCCACUUAUAACCGAGCCCUUCAGGCGUUUUACUUGAAUAGACUGGGGCAGCUUCUGCGGCUUGUGCCUCCGCCCCUUCUUUGGAUUGUUGUCGAGAUGAAUGCAGCUUCUACGGAAACCGCGGAUAUUCUUAGGGGAAUGGGAAUUAUGUAUCGCCACCUGGUAUGCACCAAGAAUCUUACCGAUAUAAAGGACAGGGGCGUGCACCAGCGGAAUAGAGCACUUGAACAUAUUGAGCAUCAUAAGCUUGAUGGAAUCGUUUAUUUUGCAGAUGAUGAUAAUGUCUAUUCACUACAACUGUUUGAGUCAAUCAGAGAAAUCAGCCGUUUUGGCACGUGGCCAGUCGCAAUGCUUGCACAAAGCAAAAACAAGGCAACUUUGGAAGGCCCUGUAUGCAACGGAAGUCAAGUAAUCGGGUGGCACACAAACGAGAAGAGUAAAAGACUUCGAAGAUUUCACGUUGACAUGUCGGGGUUUGCAUUCAACAGCACCAUCUUGUGGGACCCAAAGAGAUGGAAAAAGCCCACCUCAGCUUUAAUUCGUCAAUUGGACACCAUCAAAGAGGGAUUCCAAGAGACAACAUUUAUAGAACAAUUAGUGGAAGAUGAGAGUCAAAUGGAAGCGAUUCCAUUUGGAUGUUCGAAGAUCAUGAACUGGCAUCUUCAUUUGGAAGCUCAUGAGCUUGGUUAUCCUAGAGGUUGGUUGCUUCAGAAGAAUAUGGAUGCUGUUGUGCCCAUUGAGGAAAAACAAGGGUCAUAGAGAGAGAUGAUGGAUGGUAUGUGAGACAAGCACAUGAGCAAAAGCAGCAGGCCUGCGUUUUUUUUAGAAGUAGUGGCAGCUGGCGAGGGAGAUGUAGAAAAGAAGGAAGUUGUAUCUCUAAGUCAAAGUUUGUAUGGUCUGCUUGCUGCUUAUUCUUUGACUGACUAUAUUAUGGGUUUUGGCCAUUGCCUUGUGAAAUUCUUUUUUGUUAAACAUGUGAAAAUCUUUGCCUUGUUUUUUGUACACUAGACGGACAGACUUACUUGUUAUAUAUUUUCUUUCUUGUUUUGAAGAAUGGAUAUGGAUAUGGAUGGAUAAACUUUUUGCA